GGCUUCCUUUUCUUGUCAUGGAUUAUUUUCUUCGUCCAUGCGUGACAUCAUCAGUGUUCAUCUUAUUUACAAGUCAAAUCAUCAUGGCAAAAUAGCGUAUGUCAUUUGUUGAUGAACCGUAAACUGAGGUAUUUCAAGUGUUCUUUUGUUUGAUGAAACAAGUCCUGACGCUUUUCGCCUAAAACCCUUGGAAUAUUUCUGCAAUUUUACCCUCGGACAUCGAACAAGUCGAGAUUUCUGAACUGAUAAGACCAUACUUGGUAUUUAUACCUACAGUAUCGCAAUUUUAUCGAAGUUACUGCGACUUUUUAGGUUGUUUGAUUGCAAAUCAUUUCAAGGCAAUUAGGCCAGAGUUUUUAGAAGUUUUAGCUGAGUAAYUUGAAGAUGUCGAAUCCUAUGUUUUCGUUCUGGAGAUGCUGCGUGACGGGCGAUACAGACACUACAAAGCUUAAGAAGAAGAAGAAACAAGCAAAUGGACCUGUAGAAAACAACCACAAUGAAGGCCCUGCGGAUUUGAAAGCAGAGAAUUUAGAGCUUGAAUACCACACGAAYGGAGUAGAUGUAGAUCAACCACCUAGCUCGACUCCUAUGGCUGGAGAGAAGAAGGUUUACGACGAGGAAGAGAGCGGCUACAACCAAGAUGAAGUUGACAGCUCUAUUGCUCCUUCAGAAGUGGAAUGUAUGAGCCUUCCACCAUCUACGGUACAGAUCGUUAAAGAUGGYGGUAAUGAUGCGUCGACGCCGAGAGGAGAUAUUGGUUCUGGAGGAAGAAUCUAUUUGAAUGCCAAAUAUGACAAGAAAAGCAAUAAAGUUAACAUUAAAAUCAAUAAGAUCGAGUUUGGAGCUUAUCAAGAAUGGAAGAUGCAAGAUUUAGAAGUCAGUUGUAUGUUACUACCCAUGCAUCAACAGAGUUUCAGAAGGCGUUCGAAACGCUUCAGUGAACCCCUUGCAAUACAGCUGCCAACGAAGACUAAAAUGUCUGGGUCUUCUCUGAGAUUCAGGAUCUACGACCACAAGGCCAUCACUCGUAAAUACCUCAUAGGACAAGGACUGGUUAGUCUUGAAGACCUCAAGCUUACAGAUGGAGUCGAUGUGAAUAUCCUGCUUGAUCUCAAUUCACCUGAUACAUACGGUAUAGAUACGAGGUAUAUAUCAGGUAUAGACAGUGUUGGUCAAGCAGUCCCCGACACAGCUCGUCCAGAAAUGCUCAUCUCACUAGAGUAUCGUGCCCUCACACGAAAACUGAUCGUCGAGGUUAUCAAGACAAGAGGAUUAGGGAUGCUGAGUGGGUCCAAGCCGCAAGAUGUGAGCGUUGAGUUGAAGCUGAUUGGUGGAAAUAAACAAGUGUUGAGGAUCUGCCGUACGAGCGUCAAGAAACACGUCAUCGACACGGAGUUUAAUGAGAUGUUCAUGUUCCGACUUAACAUCGAACGUCUCAAGGAAGUUACUCUCCAAAUAUCUGUCAUUCGCUUCUCGGAAGUACGCAACAAGAAGGAGAAGAUUGGAGAGUGUUCUUUUGGUGUUGGGUCGUCUGGUAACGAACAGCAAGAACACUGGGACAAUAUGCUCAAGUCAGAAUCCAAAGCUGAAUACAAGUGGCAUCCAUUGUAUAAAUAACUUUGUAAAGUGAGAAUUCGUUGGAGAAGACUGUGAUGGCCUCUACUUUAAGAGUAAUCUGACGGUAAUAUUAGACAUUUCAAGGUUGUGAUUGGUUUAUCGUAACCGUGCCGUGCCAUUUCUAAGGUCGAGGGAAAAACUGGGUCGAGUUGACAUUGCAGUGCAUGGUGGGACUGUUUAGGGGACGAAAUAGACGCCAUCUUGGAAAUGUCCCCUCAAACAGCCCCACAAUGCACUGCAAUGCUAACUGGACUCAGUUUUUUCCUCUACCUCAAAAUAGAGUAGAUUUUCUAUGAUCGUGAAAUGGCACGGCACGGUUACGAUAAACCAAUCGCAACGCGCUAGAUUACUGAUCAUCCAAUCAAAUUGCUUAAACGCGGCAAAAGCACGAUCACGUAACGAUACGUCAUUACCGUGACUUCUUCACAAUCAUGCAAAAUCUAGCGACCAUYAUUGCCUGUCCGACGCAUUUAUUGGACUUUACGUAUUUAAUUUGAAAUAUCUGAACCAAUGCUUUUGAGGAAAUACAGAGAACUGGAUAACAGAGUGGAAUUGACGAAAAGUUAGUUUUCAAAAACCGGCCAAAUCAAAAGGGGCUUGAAUAGCUUUGAAAUGAAAAUGUAAAUGAUGCAUUCUAAGAAGUGAACGUAAAGUUUGAGGUUUUUUUUCCUUCUAUUUUUACCAUUUUUUCAUGAAAGACAAACCACGUGCUGAACAUGAACGAACAAACCAAAGGAUGGAUACAGCACGAUAUAUACUUGUUUCAAUAACAUUAAAAGUCACACGAAAAGCUACAAAGCUGAGACCAGCAAGGAUUAUGGGUAGAUAUAUUUUAUAUGAUUUAACCGCUUGAGAUCUUUUAUCAGUUACCGUUUUUCCUCCUGUGAACAUCCUCAAACUGCAGUUCGUAUCGAUAGAGGUUUUUAGAUGGCAGGAACAAUACAAUCAUUGUACAUGAGAAAAAAUUCAAUUCCCGAGAGCAAAGGGAUUUUAAUGCUCUGCUAUCUAACCAAAGGAAGCCCAAGUUGUAUUAUGGGCGCCGGCACGUGAUGGUGCAAAACCUCUAUACUUUUACUUAUUGGAUAUGAACAUGUUUCCCAUGAUCCUCAGCAGUCUCAUCUUUGUAGGUUUUUAAUGAUUUCUUUUAUUUGAAAUAAGUAUAUUAUCUCAAAAUGAUUCAUUAAUUUUUUUAGAAUAAAACCAACUGUUUCCCUCCAAUAGGGAUUUGAUACAAUACAGUGUCAAACAGAAAAGUAUGUUUAUUAUAAUCUUUAAGCAAAAAAUAGAUUCAUACAUUUGUAAAGUAAUUUGAAUUAACAUGCUGCUCAAUAACGACUAUUCCUUGCCAUUUCGAUUUUAAACUGAAAUUAAUGUUGUAUUUUCAUAAACUUGUUAUAAAAUAAUUUUGUUAAAUAAAUAAAGAAAUAAUAUUAUAUUACAGUACUCACAUGGGAAUUGUAAUUAAUAAUUAUCCAAUUGUYAUUAAAUUGUGCUAGUGUGAUUUUAAAUGGCCCGUGAAAUAAGUAAUGAUGAUAAAUAAGAAUAGUUAGUUUUGUGACUUACGAAGUAAAACAAAAGAUUAUUCAAUGGAUAAGGCGAAUUACCUUUCAUAUACUUAGGUUUAAACGGCGUCGAACUUCAUCUGAGCCGAACCUAAUGACAUCAAAGAAGACCGCCUUAUUGUCCAUUGUUUCAAUUAGGUUCGGCUCUUGUGAAGUUCGACGUCUGACCUGAGCAUAAUUCAAGUAUGUAUUGCCUCAAUAAAAAUUAAGGGUUUUGCACAAUUUAGUAUUAAUAAUUUAUUAAAGCUUUUUCGCGGUUUACUCUCAUCAGCACUAUUAAAUAAAUUUAGCUAGAAUUUUUCUCAUCAAAA